UUAUAAACAUGAUAGAGCAACAAUAAAAAUAAACAAGUCUCAAAUGCGCACAUAUAAUAAAUUAACAGAGUGAUUCAGUAAAGAUUGUCCCUCUUCAGUGUAAAUUCGUACUGGGAGUAGCGAAGUGACCAUGGCGUCACUCCGGAUUUUUGUUUCCUUUAUAUUAAUGUGUUGUGUUUUUGUUGUUGCCCAGAAGGAGACUCAAAUUAUUAGCGCUGUUCUGGGUUAUUUAAAUGGGAACCCCAAUAAAAUCCAUGACUACAGCGGGGCUGCUUUGAUUGGCAUUCAAACUAGGGGUGACAUAUCAGAAGCCUCCCUUGAGGUUCAUGCUGUUUGCAACAACAAGUUACCAGAAAUCCCUUGCAAUGAUCAAACUAUGGUAUGUCAUGCCUAUAUGGGUAUGGAUCCCAACCAACUGGGACAGUACCAAGUACUCGGCGACAUCACUUGUAGUCCAAAAGUUGAAAUCGUUGUGGAUGAAGUCGAAGAACCAAAAGUUUCUGGACCUUCGAUGGUUUUUGCCAGCAACGGAAAAAUCGAUUUAAGUAAUGAGGCUGUGGCUCCAGAACAAGGCAAUCCAGAUUUCGUGGCUGUCAGAAAACAAAAUGUCCCUUGUUUAGGUUGCCCUUUUGAUUUGGACACUGACGCAGAAGGAGUCGAUGAGCUCGUCGAAACUGCUGUAAAGCAUAUCGAGAGUGAACGUUCUAACAGGCAUAAGAUUCUUAAUAUUAAAAGACUCCAGGAACAGAUAGUCGCCGGUAUCAAAUAUAUACUCUUAGCAGACUUUGCGGAAACUACUUGCACUAAGGAUGCGGAUCUCUCUGCCCCCUGUAUUCUAGAUUUGAAUAAGGAACCAUUCAUUUGCGAAGUUAGCUUUAUUGAAAAACCCUGGAUAAGCAAAAGCAAGCAUAUCAUUAAAAAUAACUGCACUCAGUCUCAGGAAUUUGAGCCGGUAAACUCCAAAUAUGACAAAGACGAAAUUAGUAAUGAUAUCUUGCCACAUGUCCUACCAGAACAAAAAACUGAUAAGCCAUAUAUUCCGAAUUACGAUUCUAUGGCAGAAAAUGGCCGUAUUGACGAGCCAUUGGAUCCUGCAAGGUUGGCAGAUUUGGAAUCUCAAAUUUUACUGGAAGACAUUGUAGAAACUCCGUCAAGCCCAUUCAAGGCUGAAACUCCUAUGAAUUCUGCACCACCAAUAGAUUACUUGCAAGUAGAGCCUCUUGAAGAACUACACCCGUCUUCAUCAUUUACCCUGGAUGUGUCAAUUCCUUUAGAAGAACAUGACCAUUUUAUGGAGGACAGAGGACCCAGUAUUAGAACUUACUUUAAUGAUUAUGAUAGCUAUCCAGAUCUCACUGAAUGGUUCUCUAGAUUUGAUAUUCAACGAAAAAGGAAUGAUUUGGUCAAGGACUUUGGCAGCUCAGAGGCAGAGGAUGACAGGAGCAGAAGAGAGGCUGAGAAGAACUCUUCCUCUUCGUCAUCAUCAUCGUCCUCGUCAGAAGAAAAUAAUGAUCAGAGGAAUACUCAUGAAGAUCUGGAUCGGAAAUCUAAAGAGAAAGAGGACGAUAGUAGCAGUAGCAGCAGCAGUUCAGAAGAGAAUCAACGACACAAAAGGUCUGUGGGACAGCUAGAAAAAAUAUCUCCCGACGAGAAGGCGAUAGUCAGAGAUUUGGCCGAUUUUGCUGCCGCAUCUUUAGAUAACAUCGACGAGGACCACCACAAGAGGGUGAUUUUACAGAUUUUGGGAGCCAAGAAACUGAAGCUGGACGGGAUUUAUUAUCAAAUUAUUAUGCGAUUGGGGAUUUCGCAUUGUUACGAGUAUGAGCAUCAUGAAAAUUGUAGGGAAAAGCUUUUUACCAAUUUGACAAAAAUCUGUAAAGUACAGGUUCAUGUGGAAGAAGAUUAUUCAAAUCCAAAAGUAGUCAAGUCCCAGUGUCAAAAUAUUAAAAAAGACGAGAAUGACAGGAACCGGACUAAUUAUAGCAGGUAUAAGAGAGCUUUACCGGGAGGACAUAACAAAGUCCCUACGACGAGUCCUGAAGUGAAAAAAUUUGUUAAGGCAACUUUGCAGCACCUGGAUUCGGUGUCCGAUGGGGAAAAUAAACAUAAGUGCGUUGACAUCCUCUCGGCCACCUAUCAAAUAGUAGCUGGAACACGCUAUAUCAUCACAGCGAAAAUUGGAGUGAGCGAAUGCAAAAAGGACGACUCUAAACCUCCGGAAACUUGCGAGCUCUUAGAAGAACCCUUUAACUGCACUAUAGAUGUUUGGUCACGUCCUUGGCUCAACUCCACGUUAUAUACCACAACAUGUGGAGAUAAAGAAUUUAAAUUCGGCCAUGGGCCAACGACAAGUCAAAGACGAAAAAGAUCUUUAAAAGUUUCAGGAGUCCUAGUUCAAGAUCUGUCCCAGAGAGCAGUCGAUUAUAUCAACUCUCGCACCAAAAUGAGUAAAGAGUACAAACUGAUCAAAAUUACGGAAGCGGGCGAUUUUAAUAAUACCGUAUUAAUAAUAAUGACAUUGGCUCCUUGUGAUAAAAUCACGUUUAUGUCGAUGACCAUACCAGUUUGUUUGGAAGAGCCACAUUAUAUAGAUUGCGUUAUAAGAGCCAAUGACGUUUUUAACCCUUCCAAGGAUCUGUCAAUGUCGAUCAACUGUAGUAACGACGAUGAGGUAUAUGAGUAUCAACCAGAGAGGCCUUAUUCGCAUAAGGCGUUUGAUGAGGAGGAAGUUUUUGGGAAGUUCUGCGAGAAAUUCGGAAAGGUGUAUGCGAAUAAGAUGGAGUGGAAGUUUAGGUUUAAGGUAUUUCAAAAUAAUUUGAACAAAAUAGCGUUACUGAACAAAUAUGAACAAGGUACAGGCCGGUACAGCAUCACCCAGUUCGCUGAUUUAACCGAGACUGAAUUCUCAAAAAUGCACGGAUUGAGACAAGGGCUAAGGCGACCGGAAGUUAAGUUUGAACAAGCUAAGAUUCCUCAAAUUGAGCUACCGACGGAGAUGGAUUGGAGAACUAAAGGAGCAGUCACCGAAGUAAAAGACCAAGGACUCUGCGGCAGCUGUUGGGCUUUCAGUACAACCGGUAAUAUUGAAGGCCAGUACGCGAUCAAACACGGCUCACUUUUGGAAUUUUCCGAACAAGAACUGGUAGAUUGCGAUAAGGUCGAUCAGGGAUGCAAUGGAGGACUUAUGGACAAUGCUUACCGGGUGAUUGAGGAGUUGGGAGGAUUGGAGUCCGAAUCCGCGUACCCAUAUGAGGGAAAAGAUGAUACUUGCCACUUUUCAAAGUCGAAAGUGAAGGCGCAGUUGACUGGCGCAUUAAAUAUUAGCCAUGACGAAACUGACAUGGCUAAAUGGUUGACGCAGAACGGUCCCAUUUCCAUUGCGAUUAACGCUAACGCGAUGCAGUUUUAUGUCGGUGGAGUGUCGCAUCCGUUCAAGUUCCUUUGUAAUCCGAAUAAUUUGGACCAUGGGGUGUUGAUUGUCGGAUAUGGUGUACAUAAAUACUCCCUUUUCAACAAAACUUUGCCUUACUGGACGGUGAAAAAUUCAUGGGGACCCGGAUGGGGAGAACAAGGCUACUACAGGGUAUACCGGGGCGACGGUACCUGCGGUUUGAACCAGACACCCUCUAGCGCCAUCGUGGCCUAAUAUUGUUUGUUUUUCGAAAUAUUAAGGCGCAUGAUUAAAAUAAUCAUUUUUUAAAAAUAAUUGUUGUUAUUAGUAUCAAAGAUUACAUUUCAUAAAAUCA